CCGGACUCACCCCACUACAGAUCGGAGCCUCAAUAUAAGCCACACCCAGUAAGAGUUUUUUCUUUCCAGCAAGAACGCGUUCUCUUUCUUAUUAUUACUUAAAAUAUAAAAUGGCUGCUGUUCUUCGCAUUCCCGAGAAAACCGCUACUGAAGUUGUCUUGGUUCACAAAUUGACCAAGUCUGAUGCCAAGCUCGAGACUGGCUCCGAGCUUGUUUUAGAGGCUGCUGGUGAGAAAGUUGAUGCCCCCAACUCCAUCAUCAAGUCCCUUGUUUCCAAGUCUGAUAAGACUUCUUUGCUCGGUGCUGAUAAGGCCGAACAAGCUUUGGUCGAAGAAUGGUUAUCUUACACUAACCAAUCUCUUCGCGGUGUCGGUAAGAAGGAAAUUGUCUCCAACAUUGAUAAAAAACUCAAUGACCACUUGAAGACCAACACCUACUUUGUCAACAACCAUCUCACCAUUGUCGAUAUUGUCAUCUUUGGUCUUUUAUAUUCUCAUAGCAAAAACAUCAAGGUCACUUCUGCCCCCAACACUUUGCGUUGGUUCGAUCUUGUCCAAAACACCGUUGUUAAGGCAAACAACUUGACCGAAGAUUUCCCUUUGGUCGAAAUCAACCUAGAUGAUGUCCCUGAGCCUGCUGCUCCUGUUGUCGCUGCUAAGAAGGGCGAUAAGAAGGGUGCUGAAGCCAAGAAGGGUGCUGAAGCCAAGAAGGAUAACAAGAAGCCUGAGGCCGCUCCUGCUGCUGCUGCCGCUCCUUCCGAGGCCAAGGGUCCUGUUGAAGGCGGUAAGCCCAAGAAGGAAAAGAAGGUCAAGGCCAAGAAGGAACCUGCACCUGCCGCUGUCGAGACUGAUCAACCCGUUGUUUCUCGUAUCGAUAUUCGUGUUGGUUACAUCAAGUCUUGUAAGAAGCACGAGGGUGCUGAUUCUCUUUACGUUGAAGAGAUCGAUAUCGGAGAAGAGGAGCCUCGUACUAUUGUUUCAGGUCUUGUUCGUUGGUAUCCCGUCGAAGAAAUGGAGAAUCGUUGGGUUCUUGUUUUGGCUAACUUAAAGCCUGCCAGUAUGCGUGGUGUCAAAUCUUUCGGUAUGGUCUUGUGUGCCAGUGCCGCUGAUGGAUCUGCUGUUGAAUUAUUAGGUCCUGUUGAUCCUACCAAGGUUAAGGCUGGUGACAGAGUUUAUAUUGAAGGAAUGGAAGGUGAGCCCGAGAAGACCUUAAACCCCAAGAAGAAGUACUGGGAAACCGUUCAACCCGAAUUAAAGACAAACGAUGAUCUUAUUGCCCUUUACGGUGAUAAGCCUCUUCUCAUCAGAACUGCUUCUGGUGAAGCUGUUCAAUGUAAGGUCGCUACUGUUAAGAAUGGCGGUAUUAAAUAAUUUCUUUCGUUUCUGAAAUUGUUGUAUAUAAUAAAAUUUGGUUUAUACAGUCCUACUUA